UUUCCGUAGAAUGAAAGUGAGGAGUACACCAACUCAACUUUGUGUUGCCAUGACCGGUCUUAGUCAAAUUAAGCAGCAGUUACUAAGAGAUGUUGGAUUUAGAGCUUUAUUAGGGUUUAAUAUAAGUUCUUUACCAGGAAGGUUGGUAUACUAUGUAGUUUGACAGUUUUGAUCCGGAAAAAUAUGGUUAUUAAGACUGCUAAGGGUGAUAUUGCUUGUGAUAGAGACGCGGUAUAUGACGUCUUUGGAAUUACAAAGGGUGAGACUGUGAUACUCUAUACUCCAUCACUUGAGAAAUCCGAUUUUGUUACCUUAUGGUCGAAACAGUUUCAAGUUAGUAGCAAAUUUGUUAGGAAUAAGAUGGUAUCUUCUAGGAUUACGGGGGAUUUUCCGGCAGACAAGGUUUUUAUAAUGAAUGUGCUCAUGCUUUUUGUGAAUACAAUGGUGAUAUCAUCGGGCAAUAGAUAUAAUCUUGAUGUGUUGCAUCAUGUUGACCUUGAUGUUGAUCUGCGGUCCUAUGAUUGGUGUGGUUUUGUGUUACAUUAUUUGAAGUUAAGUAAGCAAUACUGGGAUCGGAACUCUCCAUAUCGUAAUCCUUAUUAUGGACCUGCAACCUUUCUUUGUUUGUUGUAUCUAGACCGCACAAAAUGUGACUCUCUCCCUGUCAUUAGAGAGCGUCCCAUAUUCAAGAAUUUGGUUGGUUUGAUGAAGGCUAGGGAAAACAAAGAAGUUGCAAUGUGUUCAUUUGGGCAGUUGGAUCUUUUUCCCAUUGUUAGUGAAAAGGAAAAAGAAGAUGAGGGAUUUUUUGCAAAUGAUGAACUGAAGCAUGUCAGUAGUUAUUCGAAAGAGGUAUUAUUAUUGUGA